AUGGCUGAAUUGAGAGAAAUGAUGACUAUGCGAAAAAAUGGUGGAAGAAGGAAGUUAGAGGAAGCAGUAGAGGAAGCUGGGAAAACACCUUUUGCGAGGAAAAUUCAAAUUGCAAUAAUACUACCAAAAUGCAAUUUACCUGUAUUCACUAGUAUAUUUGAUGGAGAAGCCUUGCAGUGGUUUGAAGGAUUACCAGUAGGAACUAUUAGAUCAUUUCGUCAUCUACAAAAUGUCUUCUUAGGACAAUAUAUCAGCAAUAAUAUGUCAAUACCAGGAAUUGACACGGCCUUUGGACUUCGCAGAAGGAUUUUCAGGAUAAAAGACACCAUCACAAUGUCGGAGUUGCCUGAAUUUCAAGAAGAUCAUAUUGCACUUGAGGAGAAGCAGAGAGAAGUGGAAUCUUAUCCAGUUGCAAUGCCUAAUGCGAACACUGGGAAUGCAAUUUUACUCCCAAGGAUGACAAAUGUUGUUGCGAGUACAUCACAGGGAAAUAAAGGAAAGAAAAGUACAAAAAUGGAACAAAAACUGGUAGCAAUGGGUAGUGAAGAUCAAGAGGAACUCGAAAGAGAAUAUAAAGAAGCACAAUCCCAAGCUAGAGGAAGAAAUAACAAGAUUCAAAGAAUGGAUAAUCCCAUGGAAGGUUAUGGAGGUCAACAACCAUAUCAUAAUAAAAGACAAGGUACUGGAAAGGUGGUCUGGGAACAAAUAAGCUUGCCAAAGUUGAAUACUACAGUAGACAAAAUCUGGGAAGCUGUUAUACUAAUGGAAAAAAUUCCUGAACCACACAACGUAGGAUAUGAACCACCACCGAGCAGAAGGAGCAAAGAAUUCUGUGUAUAUCAUCUCUUUCGUGGUCACACAACAAGUAAUUGCAGAAAUGUGAGGAAAAUCACACUGAGAAUGAUUGAUCAAGGAAAAUUGAACCACUUCUUAAUACAACAGCCGCAGAAUCUACCACCACCACCAUCAGGAGGAAAUGCAUAUGGUGAGGAAAGAUGA